AUGCCACCCAAAGUUGCAUUCAUCACCGGUGCCAACGGCAUCACUGGGUCCGCCCUCAUCCGGCAUUUGGCAGAAAAGACCGGCCCCGACGAAUGGUCCGAGAUCAUUGCGACAUCCCUGUCACCUCUCCAAUGCACCGUCAAGGAUGAUCGCAUCACCUUUAUUCCUCUGGAUUUCACCAAGGAUGCCAAUUCCUUGAUCCCAGAGAUGAGGCCAGUCUGCGCAAAAGUCACCCACGCAUAUUUCUCCUCCUACGUUCACGAGGACGACUUCCAAAACCUUAACAAGGCCAAUAAAGCCCUGUUUGAAAACUUUCUUGAUUCCCUCCUCGAGGUGGCCCCUAACCUCGAGAGCUGCGUUCUGCAGACCGGGGGGAAGCACUACAACGUCCAUCUCGGUCCUGUUCCUUCUCCUGCCCGGGAGGAGGAGCCCCGGCGGGAGACUUCUAUCGGAAACUUCUACUUCCAUCAGGAGGAUCACCUCAUCCAGAGGCAAAAGGGCCAGAAGUGGCUUUGGAACGUUAUCAGGCCGGAGGCCAUCAUCGGUUACACCGUCAAGCCCAACGGCAUGAAUGAAGCCCUUACCAUAGCCCUGUACAUGAUGGUUUGCAGGGAGCUCGGCGUCGAGGCAAAGAUGCCCACCAACCAAAUAUACUAUGAGGGAUACGACGACAUCUCGGACUUCCGCCUGAUUGCCGAUCUCACCAUCUGGGCGUCGACGCAUCCCCACGCGGGGAACCAGGCCUUCAACGUCACCAACGGCGACUACUUCUCGUGGAAGCACAUGUGGCCCCGCCUGGCCGCCUACUUCGGAGCCAGGGCCAGCAGCGAUCAAGCAUUCUCAAAGCCGCGGCCCGAGUACGGCCAAAGUCAACUCGACACCAGCUUUGAAGAAUGGUCAAAGGACAAGCAGGAAGUCUGGGAGCGCAUCUGCGACAAGGCUGGAUGCCCGGCGGCGAAACCUACCUGGAAGGCCGGGACGUGGGGGUUCCAGGACUGGGUGUUUCAGCGAGGUUGGAAUGCGACACUUAGCAUCAACAAGGCCAGGGCUUUUGGGUGGAAUGGUCACAUUGAUUCCUAUCAGUCUUUUGUUGACGCCUUCGAGAGGUUUGCUGAGCUUGGUCAGCUACCCAAGUUGACUUGA